UGGCCGCGAGUUUUCCCGAAUUUCGGAAAAUAACGAUGGCGGGGGCGAAAAAGAAAUACAUACUUCUCUCUCGCCUGAGAGUCCGAAGGCACGGACGACCCUUUUCCCUUGGCGUACAUGGUGGCGGCCGGUCAAUCCUUCCACCGUAAACACAAGUGCGCCGCCGCCGCUGGUAGUCGCGCCGCUCGGCUCGGAGCGCGGCCGAGUGAAGUGAGGCACGGAAGAUCGGGGAGUAGCGCGCGCGCGCGCGCGCGUCCGUGUGCGCUCGGCCGUUGUGCGCGCGUACGCGUGCGCGUCGUCUGUCUCGCUCGCUCGCACGGGCGACGGUGAUCCCUUCGGCGUGCCUCCGCCGACGUCCUCGUCGUCCUGCUCCGCUGUCAAACUAUUUUUCUCGCGAGCGAGAAGCCUCUUUCUCUCUCUUUCUUACGUACACAUGGACGGUCCGGGCACAAUUACAUGGGAGGAAUUUCUCCAGGAUGCGGAAAGGUUUCUCGUUGUCUCCGACAGGAUAUCGGACGGAUGGGAGUUUCGCGGAGAUAAGGAUAUUCCUGGACAAGCGUAUCUAUUUAGAAGAAUCAAGUGUUUCGUGCCGAUGAGCGACUCCGUUAUUAUGAGAAACGAUGAGGAGGAGAAGGAGGAGGAGGAAUUCCACGUGAAAUUUCAGGAGGAUCCACACGAGGCUCCUCGUUCCAACUCACUCGAAAGUCCUUUCAUCACCGAGCAUCACAUUUUGUGGUCCAUGAGUUACGGCGUUCCAGUUCUCUUCUUCAAUGGAUGGAGAUCAGAUUUCCCUGGUAUUAACGCGAUGAGCGUAAAUGAAGCUCAAACUAUUCACGAUUCCAAAUUAAAUUACAUGGAAUUAUCGCAAGCGAUUCAUCCUAUCCUCGGCACUCCAUUCUUGCAGCUACAUCCGUGUCUGUCGCAGGAAUUGCUACAAAGCAUGUCGAAGAGCAAGAAUAAACUCGUCAGUUGGCUGAGCUGCGUAGCACCCGCGAGCCUAAAUCUCAAAAUACAUCCGGAAUAUUGCAAGCUGACAUACGAAGUGUAGCCGUUUCGAAUUGUCAAAGAAACAGUAAACAGUUUGAAUCGCA